UACAAGGAGACUGGUUUUUGCAGCUUCAGAGACAGCUGCAAACUCCUCCAGGACCAUUCAGAUUACAAACAUGGGUGGCAGAUGGAACGUGAGUUUGAUGAGGAUCACUAAUGGUGUCUAUGAGGACGAAAACUAUGAAGUGGGAAGUGAUGAGGAGGAAAUACCAUUCAAGUGUUUCAUCUGUCGACAGACCUUCCAAAACCCGGUUGUCACCAAGGGCAGGCAUUAUUUCUGCGAGAGCUGUGCACUGCAGCAUUUCCGCCCCACCCGGGGCUGCUAUGUCUGUGACCAGCAGACCAAUGGCGUCUUCAAUCCAGCGAAAGAAUUGACUGCUAAACUGGAGAAGCAUAGACCUGCAGAAGAGGGUGGUGCUUCCGAUUUCCCAGAAGACCCCCAUAAGGGUCCAAUUCCUAUUACUUAAUUUUCCCAUUAUUCUCAAAUCUCAAGAUAAAUGUUUUGUUGUUUUGGAAA